AUGUCUCGUAUCAUUGUGAAGGGAUUACCUGUUUACUUGACAGACGACAAAUUAAAAGAACAUUUUGUUGCAAGACUGAAGACUACACAUCCUAAUACAACAUCGCUGGUUGACAGUCUUAUCACAGAUGUCAAGAUACUGAAAGAUAAGAAUGGUACCAGUAGGAGGUUCGCUUUCAUCGGGUUUCUGACUGAAGAUGAUGCAAGAGAUGCAAUUAGAUACUUCAAUGGAUCUUUUAUAGACACCGCAAGGAUACAAGUGUCGGAAGCUACCAGUUUUGCCGAUCCUAACAGACCAAAAUCAGUGAAGGAAAAAAGAAUGGAGGCUUUAAAGAGAGUAAGAGAGAGGGAACAAAGAUUACUGGAAGAAGAAGAAGCCAAUAAGAAGGUAAAAAUUGACAAAAAUGAAAAGAGACAUGCUAUUGAUGCAGAAAUUGAGAAAAAUAAACAAUUGAAAGAGUUUAUGGAGACAAUGAAACCAAAUUCCCAAGUUUCUUCAUGGGAAAAUGCUUCUGUUUCUACGUCUACAAACCCACUUCUUGCUGCCGUUCAAAAUCAAGAUGAAGAUGAUCGCUCAAAUGGUUCAAAUCCACUGUUACAACAUGCAUUGUCUAUGAAAGGUGAUGAUAUUGUCGCUGACAAGGAAAGUGACGAUGAAUACGAAGAUUUCAAUAAACCAACCACAGUGGAAGAUGCUGAUGAACAAAUGGUUUCAUUAGAUAAUUUCAACUCGAAUACGCAAGAUCAUCAGGAGGUCUCGAAUAAUGAAGACGAAAAAAAUUUGGGACAAGAUGAAACGGUUUCUGAUUUGGAUUGGCUAAAACAACGUCGUAUAAGAAUUAGAGAUGGUGAAAAUGAGGAAGCAAAGCCAAGACCUAUAAAUAAAGAAAAUGAAGGAGGUAACGAUACUGUUGAAGAAGAAAAGAUACCUGGAGUAGAAGCUGAACCUGAAAAAUCACAAGAAGAAUUAGCCAUUGAAAAGAUAUCAUCUACAGGACGUUUAUUCUUGCGUAAUAUUUUGUACACAUCAACAGAGAAAGAUUUUAGAGACUUAUUUGAACCAUUUGGUGAACUAGAAGAAGUUCACGUUGCAUUAGAUACAAGAACUGGACAAUCUAAAGGUUUUGCAUAUGUUUUAUAUAAGGAUUCUGCUAAUGCAGUGCAAGCAUAUAUUAAUUUAGACAAACAAAUUUUCCAAGGUAGAUUACUACACAUUUUACCAGGUGAAUCUAAAAAAUCCCACAGAUUAGAUGAAUUUGACAUAAAAAAUAUGCCUUUAAAGAAACAAAGAGAAUUGAAAAGAAAAGAUACGGCAUCCAAACAAACGUUUUCAUGGAAUUCUCUGUAUAUGAAUCAAGAUGCAGUAUUAGGUAGUGUAGCUUCUAAAUUAGGUAUUGAAAAAUCACAGCUUAUUGAUGCAGAAAAUUCGAAUUCGGCAGUGAAACAAGCUUUAGCAGAAGCUCAUGUUAUUGGUGAUGUAAGAAAAUACUUUGAAGAUAAAGGUGUUGAUAUUGCAAGUUUUUCUGUAUUAAGAUCGACUAAUAAAAGAGAUGAUACUGUAAUCUUGGUGAAGAAUUUUCCAUUCGGUACUACAGUUGAAGAAUUAAGUGAUUUGUUUCUUCCUUUUGGUAAAAUUGAUAGAUUCCUAAUGCCACCUGCUGGAACCAUUGCGAUUAUUCAAUAUAGAGAUGUCACAUCAGCUAGAGCUGCUUUUCGUAGUUUAGCAUAUAAAAGAUUUAAGAGUGGUAUUAUUUAUCUAGAAAAAGGACCUUCUAAUUGUUUCACAAGAGAUGCAAAUGCCACUGAUGGAGUAGAAUCUUCCACACCAAAAGAAGAAGAAGUUAAGGAAAUUAAACCUUCCAUUGGUGACAUGAUGGAAGUCAAGACAUCCAACAAUGAAGAACAAGAUUCUACAGAUAAUGUCGUUGACGGUCCAACCGUUUCUAUUUUUAUUAAGAAUUUAAAUUUCUCAACGACCAGCCAACAAUUAUCUCAGCAAUUUAAAAACUUCAAUGGUUUUAUUGUUGCACAAGUUAAGACAAAAUCAGACCCAAAAAUUGAAGGUAAAAUAUUAUCGAUGGGUUUUGGUUUUGCAGAAUUUAAAACAAAAGAGCAGGCUCUUGCUGCCAUUUCAGCAAUGGAUGGCUCUGUUAUUGAUGGACACAAAAUACAAAUUAAAUUAUCUCAUAGACAAGGUACAGCUUCCAAGAGCAAUGUCUCUCAACGCAAGCCAUCUGGUAAGAUUAUUGUUAAGAAUUUACCCUUUGAAGCUACUAGAAAAGAUGUAUUUGAAUUAUUUAGUUCUUUCGGUCAAUUAAAGUCUGUGAGAGUUCCAAAGAAAUUCGACAAAUCUGCAAGAGGUUUUGCCUUUGUUGAAUUCCUACUACCAAAAGAAGCUGAAAAUGCUAUGGAUCAACUUCAAGGUGUCCAUUUGUUAGGUCGUAGAUUGGUCAUACAAUAUGCUCAAGCUGAGGCUGUCGAUGCCGAGGAAGAAAUUUCUAGAAUGACUAAGAAAGCAAGAAAACAAAUGGCAACAAGAGAGUAUGGUUCAUUGAAAAGCUCAGGUGGUAGAAAGAAAUUAGAAAUGGAUGACGGUGAUGAUGGCUUAGAUGGCCCAUAA